AUGACCCAAGACCAGCUUCAAAAUCUCUGGGCAGAUGCUCAGGCAUCUUUCGAAAGCCUUCAAAAGGCCCAGUCGGAAACAGCUCGAAUCGAAGCUUUGGCUAAGGUCACCAAGAUCCAGCGCGCUCUCGAGCAGCCCAAGGAUGCCAUCUUGAAGCUUUCAUACCAACCCAUGGUCUUCAUGGCCCUCAAAGUCGCCCAUGAUAUGGGAGUGUUCCCCGUACUGGAGAAAGCGACAUCCCCUGUCUCAGCUAAGGAGCUGGCAGCAGUGAGGGCAGCCGACCCUCUCCUCCUCCAACGCAUAAUGCGCCUCCUCGUCUCCUUCGAUAUCGUCGAAGAGCCCGAACCCAGUACCUACCUCCCAACAGCCAUCUCAAAGGUCAUGGUCAACCGAGCCACCAUCGGCACAGUCGAGUCUCUAUUCUGCGAAUUCCUCCCCAUUCUCACAAAAACCCCAGAAUAUCUCGCCGCCACAAACUACCAAAACCCCCAAGACCCCCUCCGCGCCCCGCUGCAGUACACGCACGGCGUCGAGACCGACGGCUUCACCUGGCUCUGUGAGCACCCCGACGCCCUCACCCGCUUCAACAACUUCAUGGAAGGCCAGCGUGCAAACCGCGUCCACUGGGGCGACUGGUUCCCGAUCCAGGAGCACAUUCUUGAUGGCGCAGAUAGGAGUAACCCCGAGCGUGCGCUGCUGGUUGAUAUUGGCGGCGGUCGCGGACAUGAUCUCAUGCUCUUUCAGCAGAAGUUCCCUGAUGCGCCGGGGAAGCUGGUGCUUGAGGAUCUGCCGAGUGUCAUUGAUGAGGCGGCGCCUUUGUUGGAUAAGUGUGGGAUCGAGGGUGUCAAGUAUGAUUUCUUUAAGGAACCGAAUCCGGUUAAAGGAGCCCGGGUGUACUACUUCAAAUUCGUCUUCCACGACUGGUCUGAUGAGAAGGCGCGCGUGCUGCUCAAUUACGUCGUUGCUGCUAUGGAGGCUGGAUAUUCUAAGCUGGUGAUUGAGGAGUAUAUCCUGCCUGACAAGAACGCAGAGUAUCUCCAUGGAACAACGGAUAUGGCGGUCUUGGUGUUCUGCUCUGGACUUGAGCGUACGCGCAGCCAGUGGAAGAGUCUGCUUGAGUCUGUAGGACUGCAGCCUACGUUCUGGACUCGAGAGGGAGAGGGACUGGGUGUUAUCGCGUCGGUUUUGCCGGUUUCGAAUGGGGCUAAUGGGGCUAAUAGGACUCAGUAG